GAAGGGAAGGUCUUCACCGGGGAGAUCGCGCGCUUGGGCAAGUGGAACGGAAAGGCAUCCGAGGGCUUCGUCGGCCGCACGCAUUUCAGCGUCCCGCCUACCAGUCGCGGGAAGCCCGCACGCUCUCGCCCAACUCCUGGGGUCGUCGUUUUCCUCAAAGUCAAGUUCGAACAGCCCUAUCUGACGUACCGCGACUGG